UUGAUGUUCAAGAAAGUAAAAAUGAUAUUCCUUCAAAAAUUUCAAAGAUAUUCUUGGAUAAGUUAUAUAACUAAUGUCUGGAAAAAUAAUAAUAUAGAGUAGAUUUGUGUACUACAGGUGAAACUAUCUCUUUAGAAUUCACGCUUAAACCUCUUUAAAAAAAAAAAAAAAAAAAAAGAUAACAUCAAAGUAAAUAGGAGUGGGAGAUCUAUGAAACUUUUUCUAUAAAUAGAGCUGCAAGGGAUCAGAAGAUACAUCCACAUCCAAAACCAAUAACAACACACACAAAAAGUAUUUUCUCUCUAUACUCUCUACUCUCUACUCUUUAAUAUCCUAACAUGGCAAUGCUCAUCAAGAACAAAAACAUAACCUUCUCACUGGUCUUGAUAUGUCUAAUUGUGGUGUCUCCAGUGGCUAAGGCUCAACUUGAUGGGCUUCUUGGCAGGGAUCCUAAAAUCGUCAGUAUACAAGGGCGUAUGACGUGCUCUAUCGAUGGUAAUCCGAUUUCCCCUCCUCCAGCUGGCUCUCCCGUUAUGCUUCAGUGUGGUGGAAAAAAUGUUGCAACUACGAAUACGGACAUUGGUGGAGGAUUCUCGUUUCCUUCCAACACAGUGUCUACGAUCCCGCUUUCAGAAGUCGUCUACGACGGUUGUAGCCAGGGCCUUGCCUGACUUUUUUAGGUCCCCACACACAAAAUAUAUUUUUGGCUCUUCAAUUACUUACAUGAAAAAGCAUUAAAAUUUAUGGGGCAAAGAAUUGAACCCCCAACCCUUUGUAGGAAAGAAUUGGACAAAAACUAGUAGAACUAACCAUACUUUGUUAAAAAAAUUGGCCCUUAAAAUACUUAUACACAUCAAGACCCCAAGCAUGUGCUUAAUCAGCUUAUAGUCAGGCACGGCCCUGGUUGUAGUGCCAUGGCAUGACCCCUCUCUCUACAUGCAACCCCAGCCCUCCUACCAACAGAGUCGUCAUGGUACGUGUAGGUUCCAUCGUAAUCGUCGUUUCCAACGAAAAUAACAUGGAGGUAUUCAGAGAACUGGUCACCCCUCUCGUUGUCACCCUCUCCCGCUGAUUUCAUACUAAUUAAGUAUCCUUCUCUUGGUUUGGUUACUGUGUUUCCGUUCUGUUGUUUUAUGUUUUGUGUUUUGUGUCAUGACCAUUAACGUUUGCUUGCGUAUGCAGUGGCGGAUCUAGCCGAAAAGUUUACCGGGGGUAAACAGUUAAUAAUCAUUAACAAAAUUUGUAUUAAAUAUUUUAUAAAUAUAUUUUCUAUCAACUUAUAAGUGUAUUAUACAAGAUCCAUUGUAUGGAAAACUAAAACUGUUCUUAUAAUUGAAUUACAAAAUAAAAAAUAUCAGAAAUUGUAAAUAUAAAAAGUCACGUUUUUCAUGAUAU